UAGCCAUCGCGAGUGUGGAGGAUCAUGCUAGUGAGCAGCAUAGCAAACUGCGCAGAACGAUGAACAAUUGAUGUGAUAGGAAGUUGCAACAGGCUACAGCACGUCAGAGUUUUAUUUCAACCGGUUUCCACUUUUUAUAAGAUCUCUGGAGGCACCAUCUAAACGCCAGGAUGUUUAACCCGCAUCAUCACCACCACCAACAGCAGCAGCAGCAGCAAUUUCACCAACAUUUGCGGCAGCUUCAGCAACUGUUUCAGCAACAACCUCCACCACCACCUCCACCCCCGCCACCGCCACCACAGCCCCCGCCGUCUCAUCACAUGUCGCAUCACCAUCAAAGUGGCCGGCCCAUCGCGGUGGCGGCGCCGGCGCCCCCUCCCCGUAUGGUGAACCUCUGCUCCCCUACACAAGCGACCAUUCUCGCUCCCAACCCCAUGCUACAAGGGGCGCUACUGAUGCAGCAGAUGCAAGGUAGCAUGCGUGGCUUUGCGAUGGGGGGACAGCAGUUUACUCAGUUCUUUUCUGCGGGGUCGCGCUCCUCGCUGCUGGGACCGGUACCCAUGGGUGUGGCAAUCAAGACCCCACACAUGGGCUAUGCCCCGCGCCCCUACAACCAUCACGCGCGCUACAUGAACAACGACUACGGCUCUCGGCUGCCUGACAGGAAGCGUGAAAAUGAACAGAGAUCUGCUGGAACCUCAGAGGGACAACCGGGAGCCAGUGGCAGCAAAGAUGAAGCAGCAGUACCUCUGGCUGACGGACCCAGUGACGCCUCGGCACAGCAGGAUGAGGAACCAGCUCUGAAGAAGCCCCGCACUGAAGGGUCAGAGGAGGUUGCAGGGACUCUGGGGGAAGACUACGAGAGCCCAGCUGGAGAUUCCAACCCCACAGACAGCGUAACGUUGCAAGAGGGGGGCAGCAUGGCGGGACCAGACGCUGAUGAUGCCCUGGAGCAGAGCCGAGCUGCAGAGAGCGUUGCGUCUCCACUGAAGGUGGGGGAGCGGGAGAACGGUGAGAACCAGACUGACCCCGAGGAUCUUGCCGAGGCGAAGGGCGCCAGCAGCACUGCGGUCAGGACUCAGGAGGAGGCCAGAGAAGGGGCCGUGGGAGGGCCAGGAGGAGGAGAGGGCGCCAACAAGUUCUACUGCUACAUCUGCAACAUCACCUGCCACAACCAGCAGAACUUCCAGAGUCACAUGAACGGCCUGGCGCAUCAGCAGCGCAUGAUGGAGAUCCAGCACAUGAGUAACGCCUGUCUGGUCACGCUGCUGCCCAAGGUGCAGGAGUCACUGCAGAGCAGCCGCAGAGAUGGGGAGAAGAGACCAGGCCUCCAGCGCUGGUGUGCCACCUGCCAGACCCACUUCACCAGCAACGUGCUGGAGCACCGACGCACAAAGGAGCACAAGCUGUGCACCCGCUCAAGCAGCCCUUGCUGCACCGUCUGCAAGUUGCAGUUCAGGACGUCCCGUGAGUUUGUGGAACACAUGCAGACUCCAGAGCACCAGCAGAGAGUACAGGAGCUACGUGAGGGCCAGGUGGAGGGACUGGGGGAUCUGAGCGCUUUGGAUGAUAAGGGAUGUUUGAUGGGAGAGGAGGAGGCCGAGGAGGGGGAGGAUGAUGUAGAGGACGAGUCUAACGGACAGGGGGUGUCAGAGGUGACCUUGGAGGAUAUGGCAGAUGACGAAGAGUUUGACUCCGACACAAUCUAUGGUUCCAGCUUUCUGGUUCCGGUGGCAGGGUUCCUCUGCAGACUCUGCAGCCAGUUCUACCAGUUUGAGUCGAUGGCACGGCAUUCACACUGCAAGUCGCUACUGCACUUUCAGAACCUCAAGAAGUACAGAGACUUGCGUAAGCAGGAGGACCAGGCCGAGGCCGGCCCAUCAGAGAUGGACAGCAGCCCGGAUGAGACCCGUCUCGGACCCGCCGGGGACCAGGGCACCAACACCGUCCAUACUCCAUCUACGGAACCAGAACCAGACUCCGAGCUGGACCAGGCACCCGUAGAGUCUGACCUCACCCAGGCCAGCUCAUCACCCACGCCCGACCCAUGUCUCAGCAACAGUGCCACAAGGGCAUCCAGACGCUCUGCUGCCCAGCAGGAAGAGGAGCAGCAGCAGGACACUCAGGUCACCGCCACAGCCUCUGCCUCCAGUCAGCCCACAGAGGAGCAGGACCAGGGGAAGCCCUUGUGA